AUGAGGAUAUUUAUGGAACAGCAAAGCACCUUCAACCAGAGACUGUUGAAGUCAAUUGAGGAAAAAGGCUCGGAAGGGGGAUUAAAACCUGAAAAAAGAAGAACAAGAUUGCCCUUAGAAUUAACGGCUUGUGUUCGUGAUGUUGUAAGAAACAUUGCUGAUGAUGAUGGAAAUUCACUAUCCUGGGAUUUAUCUAAAAGUUUUGGAGCAGUAGAAAAUCAAAAUGUUAACCGUCUAAUCAUGGCCUCAAUUAAAAGUGUCAAUGAUGCACCAAGUCAAGUUAUUAGAGCGGCAAUGCAUUGUUAUUUCAAAACAAGAAAACGUGCCGAGAAGACCAAGGAGCAAAACCUGAGUGAUCAGUAUCUCAAAAAGCAAAGAAAUAGAAGUAGAAUCAAUACAAAACGAAAGCUACGCCAGAGUACUUUGCAGAUGUCAACAUCGAUAUCGGAAAAAGAAAAAUAUGAAAAAAUAAUGACCAACGACUACAUGUCAUCAGAAUACUCGGUAUCCGAGGCAUCUGAACGAGAGGAUGCGUCCUCUGGUGAUAGCUCUUCGGAUACCGAACAUCAAUCAAAAGCAAGGAAAUUCUCCAUACAGCGAUUACCAUGGAGAAGUGAUGAGGCCAACAAACUGAUGGUGACGUUGGACAAAAAAUUGGCAAGAAGAGAGGCAGAAAAGGGGUGUGCAUGA